AUGAUGGGAUUCGUUGACCUUUAUACCUUCACACCAGAGGGGGAGCGGGUGGCAUGGAUAGGCGUCGUGGCUUCAGGAACGGGCGUGCUGGUAGGCAAGCGGCACGAGGCGAGAGGACGGGUCGAGAACGCGAGGGGAGUGGACCAGAGCUCAGACGUCUUGCUAGUGGCGACGCAUCGUCAGCCAAUGAGAAACGAAUGUUGGGUCCGCAAUCAGCAAAUGACACGAGCGAAUGUGGGGUCACGCAGCAAGCCUUAUCGAGCAGGAGAGGUGGAUAGCAGCAGACGAGUUGCCUAUCUUCCGAAACAGACGGGGAUCCACAGGACAGUGCAAGUCGAGCUGCAUGUUCCAGUAGGGGCUUCCGAAAGGAAACUCGACGGCAAGAAGCGGCGGUACACGGCGGCCAGACCUCAGGAAUACUGCUGA